GUACGUACUCACUACAGAAAGCUAGCACUGCCAAGUAAGGUCUUCAGAAAGAAGAAAGGUGUAGGGCAUCUUCGUCAACCUCUCGCCCAACAUGCCCGAGUUCAUCAGAGCUGCAGCUGGGAUCCUGACCGUUCUUCUCCUCGCCGUGGCUCUCUCCUCCACUGCACUUACUUCCGUGGAGGCGGCGGGCAGGCGGCUGCCCGCGGUGGGGCAGCAGCAGUACGCUGGCCACCGCAUGCUGCAUGAGAGGGCCAGGUCGCUGAUCAUGGCAUGGGUAGCGCAGCUCACCCAGGGGCCCAGCCCUAGAGGCCCUGGGCACUGAAGAGGUUCGAGCCAGCUCCUGCUCCGCCUGCUGCAUGCAUGCGCGUACGCACGUGUUGCCCCCGACAGUUUUCUUCAGACUAGCUUGAGUUUUGUUUCACGCUUAGUCAGGAGAAAACCUCAUGAGUAUUUAAUGCUUUUUUACGAUGCUUUUCUAAGACCCGCGAUAUGAUGUGUGUUGUUCCUCGCUCAUAUAUAUGUGGUACUUGCUUCCAGCACUCUGCAA